AUGCGACGACGAGCCAUCCCUCCUUUGACCGUUGACUUGGACAGCAGCGACGCCACCAGUAGCCAGCAGCAGGGCAAGCGUGGAGGAGGAGGGGAUCAAGACACUCCCGAUGACUCCUCUAGGGCGCGUUCCUCUGCUCUUCCGUUCCGUUUCAGCAUAGGGCUGCCUUUUGGUGGGUUGUGGGAGAGCAGAGUGGUUAAAGCUGUGGCGCCUGUGGCGGAGGGAGUGUGGGAGUGGAUGGGGGGGAGCAUGACCCCUGUGGGAGUGGAUGAGGCGGAAGGGGAGGGAGUGCGGUAUGAGGUGGUGGGCGGUGGGUUUUACGGGGUGGAUGGGGAUGAGACAGGGAGUGAGAGUGGUAGGGACACGCCUGGGUCCGCUCGUGCUGGUCUAGACGGCCUUGGCUGUGCGCCUAUGCGUGAUUCAGCCAAGCUUAUGAGCGCCGGGGCGAAGGUGCGGAGGGAGAGCCAGCAGGCAGUGCCAGGAGUGGUGGGCUGGGAGAGGAGCGGUGGGAGCGUGGGGCAAGGGCAGGGCGGAUGGGAGAAGGUGGGAGGGUUGGGAGGGACGGGCUGGUUGGGAACGGAUGUGGAAGGAAGAGAGGGGGGCACGGGUUUGGGGGGUCAAGUACGGAACCAGGAACGGGAGCAGGGGUUGCAGGGGCAGGGAUUGCAGGAGCAAGCGUUGAGAGAAGGCGACGCGGAAGGGCAGGUGGGAGAUGGCGGGGAAAACAGAGAUGCGAAUGGAGGGGCGGGCGGGGGCAUGGCAGCCGACAAUGAGCAGGGAGGAGAAGGUGCGGGAGCGGUAGCAGAGGGGAUGCAUGAGGAGGCAGGAGCAGGAGGAGAGAGUGGGGGAGGGGAACAAGGUGGGGGAGGUGUAGCAGAGGGGGUGCAUCAGGAAGCAGCAGCAGGAGAAAGUGAGGGAAGGGAAGGAGAUGGGGAGCAGCGCACCAUGGCAGCAUGUGGGCCGCGGCAGGGCGUGGUGGUCGCGCGGGGCAGCCUGGAGCAGCGCAUGGAGGCUGUCUGCGCCACAGAGGCCCUCACUGUGCUCGCCAACACCCGCUUCCGCGCCCUCUGGACCCUCCGCCCCCGCCCCCGCUUCUUUCCCAAACGCUCCCACAGCCUCCCCCAAAGCCGGAACGCCGGGGGGAUGCUUGGGGGAGGGCGGCAGCAGCGGCGGAGGCUCUUAGGGGAGAUGAUGACAGGAGAAGAGGAGCUGAGGAGGCUGAGAGAGGCCAGGCGGAGGAGGAUGAGGAGGAGGAGAGGGGAGGGAGUGGGGGCAGCGGAGGGGGAGAGACAGGGGGGAGAGGCCGGGAGUGGGGGGGCGGAGGGGAGCAUGGCGGGGGAGGUGGGGAUGGUGCGGUUUGGCGACCUGUUUGAUGCGCGCAUGCCUGUGGACGUGCAGGAGAACGCCACUGAGUUCCUGCUGCGCCAUGUGGUGGCAGGGGAGAAGCUCAUGCGUAGAGAGAUAUCCUUCAUCCGCUGCCCUGAGCCGUCAGGCGGCAGGGUGGCAUCAGGAGCAGAGCUGCUGAGGGUAGCACCAGACGUGCGCCGCUACGCCCAGGAGGUCUCCCGCAUGCGCCAAGCCACUGGCUGGUCUCCCCAGCAGGAGGGGAUUUUCCAGGAAAUGAAUUCCCAAGGGUGGGAUUCCCAGGGUUCCGCCAGCAGCAACGGCACGAGGGUGGAGAGCGGUGCAGACCGGUACGGGCACUGGACGGGACGGCUGCAGCUGUACACUGUGCGGGGUCUAGUGCUGCCGGACUUUGCCGACCGGCGCGUGGCGUGCCGGUACGAGGAGGAGGUGCGGGUGUGCCUGGGGAAGCUACAGCCGUCCGAUGCCGUCCUCUCUCUAAUUCGCCAGGAGGAGGAGCAGGAGGGUGGAGAAGGCGAGGAGGAGAGGGAGAAGAGGGGAGGGGCGGGUGAUGGGGAGAAUGGAAGUGAGGGGAGGGAGGAGGAGGGUUCACGAGCGCGAGGAGUGGGGGAGAGGCGGGAUGGCAGCAGCAUUGGAGAGAUUGUUGCUCGGAGCACAGCAGUGUAUCUGGAGGCCCGUGCGCUGCCCUGUGCUGGCUGCCCGCCUGCUGACCUCCUCAACUGCACCAUGCGCCGCAUCGCAUACCACUACAUGCGCACACACGCCCCUUCUCCUUCCUCUGACUCCUCCUCAUACUCCUCCUCCUCGUCUUCUUCCUCCUCCGACUCCUCCCGCUUGCUGCCUGACUUCCUAGUCGGCGCAUACUGGCCGUCGGAUGCUCAGACGCUCAUCUCAGCCUUCCAUCCGCUCCGCCGGCCGUACCUCCUCAGGCUGACACGUCGGCGCCAGGUGGCAUGCCCGUCACCACCCCCUCUUGCCCUGCGCCCCGAGCGGGGAUCGUUAAGGUCUGAGGAGCAGAUGGGGAUGCGAGGGAUCAAGUACAGGCGGGUGGGAUGGCGAACGCAGGGGGCAGGAAGAGGAGGAACGCAGGGAGGAGACAGGGAGGGCGCACAGGGCGCACAAGGAGGACAGGAAGGACAGGGAGGGCAGCAGCAAGACCCGCUACCACAGCUGCCCCAGCAGCAGCAGGUGCGGUUUGUUGACCCACCGAGAGCAGCAGGACAGGGCGUGGCUCUAGACCUCAGAGUGGUCAGUGCAGUGGGCACGGGUACACAGGGCACUGGCGGAGGCUGGCAGGGAGCGGGCAGGCAGGGGGCGGGUGCACAGGGAGGGGGCGGGCAGGGAAGGGACGGGCAAGGCGGGGGCGGGCAGAAGGGCCAGUACUGGGCAAUGAAGCAGCAGCUGAAGCAGCUGGCGCAGGAGAGGCAGAAAGCCCUUGAGGGGGAUAGUUCAGGGGGCGCUCUUGGGGGCUCUGGCAGUGCCGUGCAGGGAGGUUUUGCGCAGGGUGGGGGAGGGGAGGGAGAGGGCGGGGAGGGAGGAAACGGGCAGAAGGGGCAGUACUGGGCGAUGAAGCAGCGACUGAAGCAGCUGGCACGGGAGCGGCAGCGGAGGAGAGACAUCCGUGGGGGGAACGGGUCAGGGGCCGCUCUUGGUGGCUCUGGCAGUGGGGCGUUGAACAGGCGAAGGCUUUUGGGUGCUGAGUCGGCGACUUUUGAGACGUCUCAAGAGUCAGGGGGCGGUAUUGGUGGCUCUGGCAGUGGGGUGUUGAACAGGAGACGGCUUUUGGGUGCUGACUUGGCGCUGACGUGGCAACAGCUGGCGGAGUUGCAGGAGGAAGAGGCGGCUCGGAAGGCCGGGGCGUCCAAGCGGAGAGAUGACCGGCUGUGUGCUCGCCUCAGGCUGGCGGAGCUGUAUUGGCUGUCACGGGCGCAGGCCAUGUUCAGUCUGUACCGCAGCACAGCAGCCGACUUCAUCCGCGCCCAGAUGGCCUUCCGCCUGCACCACGCUUCCACCUCCUCCACCACCUCCACCACCACCACAAAUGGGGAGGGCGGGAGUGUGGAUGAUACAAGUGCCACCACCGCUGCUGCUGACGCUAGUGCUGCUGCUGGUGGAGGGUCGGGUGAUGAGCUGAGUGUGUGUCAAGCGCCCCCUGUGCCGCCUGUCAUCAAGAGCCGUGCAGCUCGCCACAUGAUCGUGGAUGAGCGCCUGAAGGCCAUGUACUGCUACAUCCCCAAGGUGGCAUGUACGAGCUGGAAGCUGUGGUUCCAGCAGCAGCGCGGCCACACCACCCCUGAUGACAUAGAGCAUGUGCACGAUGCUGUAACCGGUGGCCUCGAUCAGCUGUGGCACGCAUUCACAGAGAGCGAGGCCAUCCGUGUGCUGACCCGCCCAGACAUGUUCCGCUUCACAUUCGUGCGCAACCCCUUCUCCCGUGUCGCCUCUGCUUACCUCAACAAGCACGUCGCCUGGGCCGAUCCUAAGGAUCGCCUGGAGUGGAACAAGGUGUGCACCGCACCGCACAAACGCACCUGCACUCACACGCACUCCCUCGCAAGCACGUUGAGUGUAGAGAAUAUCCGCAUGGAAAGGGGCCAGGCUGCAGCAGAGAGCGCGUGCGGGCACAGAGAGUACAACAUGACCUCCUUCCCUCCUGUCGCCCCCCUUCCCCCCACCUGA